AUUAUACCAUCAUAUAGUCAUGAAUUCGAAUCAGGACGAAGUUACCGGGCUCGUUGCCUUAGAAAAUUUAGCAGAGUCACUGGUUCCCGUCGAGGCAGCAACUGACUUUCUGUUCAUUAGGAAAUAUGGAAUAGUUAACACAAUAAAUGGAAUCGAAUGUAGAGACCAACGGUUGCCAGUUACACUUCGUCAAUGAGUAGGUGUUACGUGGCCCUGAAAUCAUCUGAUGCAUAGAGUCUAAAUCAAGCCGAUGAAAUGGUGUUUUCUAUGCUAUAGUUACCAGAUUGCAGAGUGCAUGUUGACUGAAAUUGCCCAAAGCAAGCACGUGCAAAUUCAUUCUCGACUAGCUUCAUAGACUAGCCGAUAUGCCAGAGCGUCUGCGAAAAAACACGCGUAGGGCUCCACGCUCCGAUGAAGAGAAAAAAGAUGUUAAGCUUCUAGACGAAAAUGAUAUAGCAAUGCUCAAACAAUAUGGGUCUGGGCAAUAUGGUCGGCCAAUCAAGCGAGUUGAAGCGGACAUCCAAACGAUUUUACAGAGAUUGAAAGAGGUCUUCGGCGUCAAGGAAUGCGAUACUGGUCUUGCUGCGCCCGCACUCUGGGACCUCGCGUCGGAUCAGCAGGUUCUCAAGGAAGAGGAACCUCUAUUGGUAGCUCGUUGUAUACAAAUCAUUAAGAAUAUAUCAACUAACGCACAGGCAGCUAAUUCGUAUGUGAUCAAAGUACGCGGUGGAGGGAAAUACGUCGUCUCGCUGUCCGAUUCGUUGGCUCCAACAGAUGUUGAAGAGGGUAUGCGUGUUGGGGUUGACGGCCAGCGAUAUAUAAUUCACAUACCGUUACCAGCAAAAAUUGAUCCAUCUGUAGCUAUGAUGCAGGUCGAAGACAAGCCUGAUGUUACCUACAACGAUGUCGGCGGCUGUGUUGAGCAGUUAAAAAAGCUUCGGGAAGUUGUCGAACUUCCUUUGUUGCAUCCGGAACGUUUCACGAAACUUGGUAUCGACCCGCCGAAGGGUGUCCUCUUGUACGGGCCGCCAGGUACAGGAAAAACCCUGUGCGCUCGUGCUGUAGCCAACCGUACAGAUGCGUGUUUCAUACGCGUCAUUGGAUCAGAGUUGGUGAAAAAGUAUACGGGCUUAGGUUCACGCAUGGUGCGUGAACUGUUCGAUAUGGCCCGAACGAAGAAAUCCUGCAUUAUUUUCUUCGAUGAAAUCGACGCGAUUGGAGGCGCGCGUUUUGACGAUGGCGUUGGCGGUGACCGUGAGGUCCAACGAACGAUGCUUGAGUUAAUCUGCCAAUUAGAUGGAUUUGAUCCACGUGGGAACAUCAAAAUUCUUAUGGCCACUAAUCGGCCGGACACGCUCGAUCCUGCGCUACUACGUCCAGGUAGACUUGACCGUAAGGUCGAGUUUGGCAUGCCAGAUCUCGAAGGUCGCACGCAAAUUUUCCGUAUUCACGCUCAUCAGAUGAGCACUGAACGAAAUGUCCGCUACGCUUUACUUGCACGUUUGUGUCCGAAUAGUACGGGCGCGGAAAUUCGUUCCGUAUGCACCGAAGCUGGCAUGUUUGCCAUCAGGGCCCGAAGAAAACUUGCCACGGAAAAAGAUUUUCUGAAGGCCAUUAACAAGGUAAUCAAUACCUACGCCAAAUUUUCCGCGACUCCAAAAUACAUGAUUCAUAAUUAGUGGACGAGCAUGCAGAUUCAAAAAUACGUUAGCUGUUGUCAGCAUGAAGUGUAGGGUCCACAUUAGCUAAACUAAUGAACAAAAAAAUUUAUAUCUAUUUGUGAAGAACCUAUGCGUCCUAUCUUCAGACAAGCAUUGAACUGUUUACCGCUGUCAACCU